GGCAGAAAUUCGUUGCGGCGAUAUGGACGAUAUGGUUACGGCACGGCAAAAUAUGUGCCACGGCAUUGAGCAUUUAAACUGUAUGGCGUGUGCUAUACCCGUCGCCCGAGUGUAUGUCGUAUGACCAGUCGCGCAUCGAAAACACCUUGCUUCGCCGCGCCGUUCGCAAACCGCAAUAGUAGGUGGUGGAUGAAAGUUUGGAAAACCAAUCACAAGCCGAAUGCGUAAAAACGUGCGGCGAGUAUGGUGUAGUCAGCAGUCCCAUAGAUUGAAUAUACUAGUAUAUUAGUACUAUAUAUUCUACUGUAUUUAAUCUAUGGCUGUCCAUAGAAUAGGUGUUAAAUAUGUCAGUAAACAAAAUGGGCGACUUACAAACUUCAACGUAUGAAAAUGAUUUAAAGCCUGUUGUACAAUUCAAUGAACCAAUACAUUUUACAAAUAGCUUUCACGCUGUUAAACUACUUGAAGACUUACAAUCCUUACGAAAUCACAAAGAGUUAUGCGAUAUUACAUUGAAAACAGAUAAUGGUACAAUAGUAGUUGGACAUAAAAAUGUUCUAGUAGCAGCUAGUAAAUAUUUUCGUGAUAUGUUUAGUAGUGUUGAUAAGAACAACAAUGUUGUUAUUAUAAAGAAUUUAGAUUCCUCUGCCUUACAAAUAUUAAUAGAUUAUAUUUAUACUGGAAAAAUAAAAGUCACCAAUGAAGAUGUAAAGGUUUUGUUACCAGCUGCAAAAAUCCUACAGUUAGAUUAUGUAAGAAGAGCAUGUGUUGAGUAUUUACAAACACAUAUAAAUUCUUCAAAUUGUCUUAGUAUCAAAACAUUUGCUGACUUACAUAAAUGUACGGAAUUGAGGUCAUGUUCUGAGGUGUUUAUUAAGAAAAAUUUUUUAGAAAUGGUUAAAUACGAUGAGUUCAUAUCCUUAACUUGUGAACAAAUAAUUGAACUGAUAUCCUAUAAUGAUAUUGCUGUUCCAUCUGAAGUAAAAAUAUUUGAAUGUGUUAUAAAUUGGAUAAAACAUGAUUUGAAUACUAGAGAAAAAUAUUUGCCACAGUUAAUGGAACAUGUACGUUUGCCAUUAUUAGCAUCAACGCCGAGAAUAUUAAAAAAUAUAAUUGAAGAACCUCUACUAAAAAAUUGCCCUAUAUAUAAUGAUAUUAUAUCAGAAGCAUUACAUUUUCUUCUACUUAAGUCAUUUCAGUAUAUCACUAUUCCACAAACAAUUCGCUGCAAACCUAGACAGUUUGGUAGUUCAAAAAAAAUAAUUUUACUGUUUGAAUGUUCUAAUAAAUUGAUUAAGUAUAGAACAGAAUGGUAUGACCCAGAAACCAAUCUAUGUAAGAAUGCAGCAGUAAUGAAGGAUUAUCAUUUGGAUUUUGGUAUAGGCGUAGUUAGAGAUCAAUUUGUUAUCGCUAUGGGAGGUGUAAUAAAUAGUGUACAUUCUCAAUCUGUUAGUAUGCUUGAUGUAUCUUUAUUAUCACCUUGUUGGGUACCGAUAGCAGAUAUGUUAGUUCAUCGAACAAACCUUGGAGUUGGUGUAUUAAAUGAUUGUAUAUAUGCUAUUGGUGGCUAUGAUGGUGCUGAUAAUUUGUUAAGUAGUGUAGAAGUUUUUGACAUCAGUAUUCAAAAAUGGAGAAUGGUAGCUGAGAUGACUACUAAAAGAGGAAAUUUGGGUGUUGGUGUACUAAAUAAUCUUUUAUAUGCGGUAGGAGGUUGUGAUGGUUAUAAUGAUUUAAAGUCUGUUGAAUGUUAUUAUUCCAUACUUGACAUAUGGACACCAGUUGCAGAUAUGACUGUACGUCGUAACGGUGUUAGUGUAGGAGUCUUGAAUGGUGCUAUAUACGCUAUAGGUGGUUAUGAUGGUGGUAGUGAUGGUGGUAGUGAUGGAGGGAAUGAUGAUAAUAGUGACGGUCACAAUAACAAUGAUCAUAGUAGUUAUAUUAGAAGUGUGGAGAUUUAUAGACCAAGUGAUGGAUUAUGGUCUUCUAUUGCUGAUAUGAAUUUAGGCCGAUACAAACCUGGAGUAGUUGCAUUAGAUGGUUUAUUGUAUGUUUUGGGCGGAGAUGAAGAAUCAAAUUAUUCUACGAUGGAAGUGUACGACCCUAAUACCAAUGUUUGGUCCAUGAAAAAUUUAUCUAAAAAUAGCAAAGACUUUCAAAUAUUUAGUGGAGUAGUCGUUAAUAGACCGCCGAAUUUUACAAAAUAAUUAUCAUUUAUAAAAAAAAAAUUAAUAAUUCUAUCAAUUUUCGUUUUUGUGAACAAAUUUGUUGUAAAUUUAAGUUAAGUAAUUAAGCUAUAUAAUCAAUUAAAUCACAUGGUACUAACAAAAUGUUAUAUUAUUUACUUUUUACAUUAUAAUUCUUGCGACUAAUAUACCGUAAAGAAGGAUUACCAUUUAGGUACUUAUCCUAACGUCAAUAACCAUUUAAACCCAGUUUUAGACUGCAAACUUCAAUGAUGGUACUAUUAUUGUAACUAUAUAAAUAUAAGAAUAUUACUAUAUAGGUGUAAUAUUGAAUACACUGUUAUUGACGGUCAAUAAUUUAUUAUAGUAAUCUUAAUCUGAAUGUUAAGACUUAGGUAUAAGUUUAUUAGUUUAUAACAAGAAAAAUUUACAUGUUUUUUUUUUUUUUAUAUAUAAACUAUUUAAUUAUGAUACGUGUAAGGCAGCAUUUCUUAGACUGGGUUCCUCUGAGAUUAUUUCAGAGUUUUACGAAACUUAAAUCUUUUUUUCAAAAUGUUCAAUAAAAUUAUUUUAAAGAUUACUAACGGCUAGUAGAAAAAAAAUGUUUUUAUAUUAAUUAUAGUAUUUAUUGUCACAAAAGGCCGU